AUGGUGUUGGGAGAUUUUAACUCAGUGUUGAGAGCAGAAGACAGAAUUGGAGGGAACCCAGUUACUUGGGCUGAUGUAGUAGAUUUUCACACAUGCAUUCAGGAUUGUGAAUUAAUAGAGUUUCCUUAUUCAGGGAAUCACUAUACUUGGAAUGAUAAGAACAAUGAUCAGAGAAUUUUUUCAAAACUAGAUUGGAUAUUCAUCAAUAACACAUGGUUGGAUGUAAUGCCAGCUUGCAGAGCAAGGUUCUUGUCAGAAGGCAUUAGUGAUCAUUGUCCAGCCAUGGUGACAUUGGAGGAUAGGAGAAUUGGGAUGAGAAAGCAAUUCAUCUAUAGUAAUGUUUGGGCUCAGCAUCCUCAAUUUACUGAUAUAGUGAAGACAGGGUGGAAAGUUCAAGUAGAAGGAUGCAAGAUGUUUAAGAUUGUCAAAAGACUCAAGAUGCUCAAGAAGGUUUUAAAGAAGUUAAAUGCAGCCUACUUUAGUAACAUUGUGACUGAGGCAAAUGUGGACAGGGCAACACUUAAAGAGGUUCAGGAAAGACUACAGAGAGAUCCCACUAAUAGAGAGUUACAACUGGAAGAGGCCACUUUGUAUACCAAGUUUAGACAAUCAUCCUAUAUGGCUGAGGUGUAUUUGCAGCAGAAGAGCAAGGCUAAAUGGUUGAUAUUGGGGGAUGAAAACACUAAAUAUUUCCAUUCUGUCAUAAAACACAAAAGGUUACAACAAGCUACUACACAACUUAAGGAUGGACAGGGUAUCUGGCAGAAUGAUCCAACUGUUAUAGCUAAUAUGUUUGUGAAUUUUUACACUGAUCUAUUGGGAACUAGGGGAAAUCAAGAGUGA